AUGUUAUAUAAAUUGGAUAGUAUAGUACAAGAGGAAGAAGAUGAUAAUAAUGUAACAUUUCGUUUAUAUGGUACAAAUAUACCAGUAAAAGAAGUAUUAACAAAUACAGAUGAUAAUACAACAACAGUUAUUAUUGGGUAUAAAUCACCAGAUAGUAGUAAUAAUACUAAAAAUAUUAUUGAUAAUAAAAAUGACUUAUCAUCAUCAUCAUCAUCAUCAACACAAUCGUCGUCAUCAUCAUCACCAUCACAAUCAUCAUCAGCAACAGCAACAACAACAAAAAAAUCAACAAAAUCACCAUCGAUUAACUGUGAUAAUCAUAAUUAUGAAGUUAAUUUCGAUACAACCGUUUCAGCAUCUGUUGUUUUAUCAAAGAAACGUAGCAUAUCCAGUAGUAAAGUUACCGAUGGUGAUCAGAUACAAGCAAAUUAUUUUAAAGAAUUCUUGGAACGAGCACGAGAAGAUUUCAAACAACGAUGGGAAAAUCCUACACAGAAUACGGCACAAUUAGAUGAUUUUGAUCGAAUCAAAACACUUGGUACCGGUUCAUUUGGACGUGUAAUGUUGGUAAAACAUAAACAAAACGGGUCGUAUUAUGCGAUGAAAAUUUUGGAUAAACAAAAAGUGGUGAAAUUGAAACAAGUUGAACAUACACUUAAUGAAAAGCGUAUACUUCAAGCAGUUGAUUUCCCAUUUUUGGUCAAUAUGGAAUAUUCUUUCAAAGAUAAUUCAAAUUUGUAUAUGGUGCUCGAAUUUAUUGGUGGCGGUGAAAUGUUCUCACAUUUACGGCGCAUUGGUCGUUUCAGUGAGCCACAUUCUCGUUUUUAUGCGGCGCAAAUUGUGCUUGCAUUCGAGUAUCUGCAUUCCCUUGACCUCAUUUAUCGAGAUCUGAAACCUGAAAAUCUCCUUAUUGAUAAUACAGGCUAUAUUAAGAUUACUGAUUUUGGUUUUGCAAAACGUGUAAAAGGACGAACGUGGACUUUAUGCGGUACGCCAGAAUAUCUUGCACCAGAAAUUAUUUUGAGCAAAGGUUAUAAUAAAGCAGUCGAUUGGUGGGCAUUAGGUGUACUUAUCUACGAAAUGGCUGCUGGUUAUCCGCCAUUUUUUGCUGAUCAACCGAUACAAAUUUAUGAAAAAAUUGUUUCCGGAAAAGUGAAAUUUCCAUCGUAUUUUUCGAAUGAACUUAAAGAUUUAUUGAAAAAUUUGCUACAAGUUGAUUUAACAAAAAGAUAUGGUAAUUUAAAAAAUGGUGUUGCCGAUAUUAAAAAUCAUAAAUGGUUCAGUUCAACAGAUUGGAUUGCUAUUUAUCAAAGAAAGAUAGAUGCGCCAUUUUUGCCCAAAUGUCGUGGCGCUGGUGAUGCGUCUAAUUUUGAUGAUUAUGAAGAAGAACCAUUACGGAUUUCAAGUACUGAAAAAUGUGCAAAAGAAUUUGCUGACUUUUAG